AAGUUGUUCAGCUGCUCUGAUCAACUACUAGUGUUUGUAUAUCGAGAGGCAGGAGCCGGACAAACAUCCUGCACGUACAACUUCACUGGAUGCGGCGUGUAUGAGUUUGUGAAGCGUGACAAAGAAUGGCAUCCAGCGCUGUUUAUUCGCAGCAUAGAGACCCUAUGCUGAAGAAGAGAGAUGACUUUGAGGACAUUUUGGAGGAGCGGAGGAACUCCAGCGACCUGAGAUACGCCCUCAGAUGUUACACUCCGGUUCUGUACAAAGGAGUGACGCCCUGCAAAUCCAGCGAGCUGAAGAGCAUGGUGCUGCAGUCGGAUCAGCUGCACUACGUCAUCAAUCAGGUUUCCAAAGAGACGGGCCAGCCGACCGAUGACCUGCAGGAUGAGGCGUCGGCCAUCUUGGACGAGAUGGCUCAAAGUCUGCAGCUCAGCACCGUUCGCUUCUUCGCCUUCACGCUCAGCAAGGUGUUCAAAACGUUAUUCAGGAGCAUCUGUGUCAACGAAGAGGGCAUCCAGAGGCUCCAACAGGCCAUCCAGGAGCACCCGGUGGUCCUGUUACCCAGUCACCGCAGUUACAUGGACUUCCUGCUGAUGUCAUACAUCCUGUACACCUACGACCUCGCUCUGCCCGUCAUCGCUGCCGGCAUGGACUUUAUGGGGAUGAAAUUUGUCGGCGAGAUGCUGCGGAUGUCUGGAGCUUUCUUCAUCCGGAGGUCGUUCGGUGGAGACAAACUGUACUGGGCUCUGUUCUCUGAGUACGUCAAGACCAUGCUCAAGAAUGGGUUUGCACCAGUUGAAUUUUUCCUAGAGGGGACAAGAAGCCGGACGUCUAAGUCUUUAACUCCAAAGUUGGGUCUGUUGAAUAUCGUCAUGGAUCCGUUCCUGAAAGGCGAGGUGUUUGACGUUAACGUGGUCCCGGUCAGCAUCAGCUACGAGAGGAUCUUAGAGGAGACGCUUUACGCCAGAGAGCUGCUGGGGAUUCCCAAACCCAAAGAGUCUACUUCAGGUCUGUUCAAAGCCAGAAAGGUCCUGAGUGAAGACUACGGCAGCAUCCACGUCUACUUUGGUCAGCCUGUGUCUGUCAGGAGUUUAGCUGAGGGCAGAGUGAACCGCCGGCAGUUCAACCUGGUACCAAGACACAUCCCCAGGCGGCCGGGUCAGGACAUCCACAGCUUCGUGAACGACUCGGCCUACAAGCUGGUGCGUGCCCAGGAGGAGAACAUGGUGCUGAAGCCCUGGGUCCUGCUGGCCUCCCUGCUGCUGCAGAACCAGGCGGAGGGCCAGCAGCAGGGGAUCGCUCUGGACGAGCUGACGGUGCAGGCCGUGUGGCUGCGGGACCUCGCCCGGCAGUACGGAGCCUUCCUCCACUGGCCCGACCACAUGUCUCCAUCAGAGGUGGUUUCCUCCAGUCUUUCUCUGCAUCGAGGUCUCGUGAGGAUCAGCGAGGGAAAAGUCCAGCUGGCAGUGGAACAAGAAGCAGGAGGCCCCGCGGUGCCAGGGGAGCCUCACAGCGCCGUCUCCCCAGAGGAGCAGCUCCUGAGCCAGGCGGUGGUGGUGCUCUCCUGCGCCUCCUACAGGAACCAGGUGCUGCACCUGUUCGUCCGGCCGGCUCUGCUGGCCUCGGCCAUCCACACAGCAUCCUCCAACCACAAACAGGAGGUCUUCAACAGUUUCAGCUUCCUAAGAAACAUGUUUUCCAAUGAGUUCAUCCUCUGUCCUGGAGCUACAGUGCAGGACUUCGAGGAGGCCUGUUUCCUGCUGGAGAAGACCGGAGCGCUGCAGGUGACCGAGCAGGAGGUUCUAGUCACAGAACGAGGACAGAGAACAAUGACCUUCCUCACCAGCCUGCUGGAUCCAUUUUUACAAGGAUACCAGGUGGUGUGCCGGUUCUUGUGUGAAGAGGCCACCGAGAACCUGACAGAGAAGCAGUUUGUUCCUGACGUCCGGAAGUUCAUCAUCAAACAGAUUCUAGCAGGUAGACUAAGACACGCCGAGGUGUUGUCGGCUGACCUCCAGAAGAACUCCCUGGCAGCUUUACAGAGACUCGGUGCUGUACGGAAAAUCAAAGGAGUGGAUCAGGAGACGUUAAAGGUCAACAAGGUGAUGGUGAACUCACUGGAAGACACUCUGGGAGGAAAACUUCCCACUCAGAAAGCGGCCGUGGCUCGCCUCUAAUGCUCCGACCUCAUUAGCCAAAAGAGCGCCGAGGAGGGCCGAACCUUUUUUUACCUGCGUCAGUGAUAUGUCAGCGCGGCUCGGCCAAACAGGUUUCAGUGAGAGAUGGAAGAGAACAAAAGGAUUGCCAACCGGUGACGGCUCAAUUCGCUUUUUUUCCUUUAAUUUCACUAUGUUCUUUUCACUUUCAAUACGCCUUUUUUUCCCUCUCUCUCUGUCUCUCUCAGAUCUUUCUAUUAAAAAGCUUUUAUAUAUGUUCAUAAAGCCAGAUGAUGAGUAAGGCCUCUGAAGGUAUACUGCUAAGCUUUCCGCCUCAUUCUGAAAAACUGACCUUUUGUUAAGAGCAGCUUUAUGAAAGCGUCUGAAUGUGCAAACUGCACUCAGGAUAGUGGCCGCCGCGCCAUUAAUGCAUCUGAUGCGUAUCCUCUAACACUCAGCGUGGCUUUUCUUUGUUAUUCUCAGUCCGUCUGUUCAUUAUCUGUUCUUCUUGUCUCUUUUCUGAGCACUUUAAUCAAUUUAUUCAUGCAGUGUGCUGUGGACCUAUAUCUUAACACUCCUUUGACAGACUGUUUUCUCUCUUUUUUUUAUUGUUUUUUUUUGUGGGGAAAAGUUGCAAAAAUUGGCAGAUAAGAACAUUUGCUUGGUUACGUAUUUUAUCUAUUGGUAAAACUAUUUUUCUUUGCACUUAUUGAACAAAAUUAUUUAUAUAUUUGAGUCAAAACAAUGUGCCACAGAUCCAAGGCUUGUAUCAGGUGUCAUAGUUGGAUUUAAAACCACUCUCAGGCCUUUUUUGCCAACACCAACGCCAAUUUGUCUUUGUUUCCACAGUGAGAUAACGCUACAGACGACACGUUGUUGCCAAUAAAAUUGAAGUUAGUUGCAUUAAAGCACUACCAGCUACACCAAAGGUUAGUUUUUGCUCAUAUUUGGAGAUCUACAUUUGAUAUCAUGUUCUCAAGUCUAGAAUUAGAGUAACUGAAGUUGCCUCUGAUUUGAAGUCGGAAUAAGUUUAUUUAUAUUCAAAGCGAUACACGUGUUAUUUAAUUUUGUUACACGGGAAGGAAGGGAAGGCAACACAAAGGAUAAUAGCUGUAAAACAGAGAGUCAGAGGGACUUGAUAGUGGUGGUAAAAGCAGCAGCAGCAUUACGGGUCAAAACUUCACGUUAAAGGAGCUUUAAAGGUGUUUAAAGAUUUUAUUUUCAGACUCAGGUUGACCUACUUGACUACUGACACGUUCAGAAAUUUAUAUCAAAUUUUCCAAAUUAGAUUAGUUAAAAAAUAAUUAUGUUGACUCUAUUUAUUUGAAGUUAACAUGAACUGUUAUUAUGAAAUCCCACUCCAGCGCUGACAGCAGAUUUGGGUUUUACAGAAACAGGCAGAGCUGCUUUUCAUUUAGGAACCCACAUUUAGUUCCUGCGUCAUAUUACCUGCCAGCCAAUAUAAGGCUGGCUAUUGUUUUUGAUAUGUUGUUAUCGGGGCCAAUAUGAUACUAGAGUUGUGGU